AACUCACCUUGAAGCACAUCAAAAUAGUUCUUUUUCUCUCACGCCGUCUCAGAGUGUGACCGUUCACAACGCACACUUUAACAGACUUCGAGACCAGAUUUUCUUUCGAGACUGUUUUGAUAUAGACUCAGAUUUCAUACGUCGGAGGGCUGCUACAAGAAUAUUUUACAUACAGCGCAAUCAGGCUGUUUUUACAAAAUUCAGCAUUGUGCGGUGGGUUGAGUCAGCGAGAGAAAUUAGCAGCGUUAGUCAUGUAAAGAUGAUGCCCACCUUGGAAGCUCGAAUGCGUGUCAUCAUUCUCUUCCUGCUAAUCGCUGUCCCACUUAACGCUUCCUCUGCGAGCGUCCCGGGCCCCACCAGAAACACACCAAAUGGGCCUGUCACCAUUACCCCGACGCCCAACCCCAGAUCUCAGGGUAGGGGCUUUCUGUACCCCCUUUCUAAAAACGGUGGGGGUAUGCGAGGGAAGUCCAUGAAUCGUCGGCCAAAGCAGCCAGCUGGAGCGGCAGAAAUGCCCCUCAGGCCGCUGCCUCAGAUAAUGCUGCCAAAGAAUGUAACGACUGAUGCACUGAAGGCCCCUUUCGGAGCGGCGCAGGUAGCUCCGCCUCCUCGCAAACUGGUGGAAGUGGACGUGUGUCGGGGUUAUUAUGAUGUCAUGGGGCAGUAUGACCUCACUUUUAACUGCUCCAAGGAUGACUUCAUCUACUGCUGCGGCACCUGCCAUUAUCGGUUUUGUUGUCCGGACCGCACUCGAAGACUGGACCAGAACAUCUGCCACAACUACCAUUCCCCUGUGUGGGCCAAUACGGCCCCCCCUGCGACCAGACCCACACCGCCUGCCCACCCAGACCUCAGCCGCAUCGAACAAAGCAACAACACGGUCUAUGUCAUCGGUGGAGUCAUCUCGUUUACAGUGGCGGUGGCAGUGGCCAUUAAAGUGGCGUUCCACAAGGCAUCACGGCAGCCUAGGAACAGAGAACUCAACAUGCCCAGGGCUCUUGUGGAAAUGUUGCGUCACCAGUCGAGUCCGGUUCAAGAGGGAGAGAGAAACAACAGUGUAGCCUUGGGUCCUGGAGGAGGAGAGGGAACUCUUGGACGACCCCCGAAAAAUCACUAUCCAACGCUACAGAGUAAAGAUAACCGACUGGGGAAUCUGCAGCAUAACUUCAUCCACACCACAGGCUCCAGUCCCAAACAUACAGCCACCAUUGAGCGUGCACCACGUAUGAACAACAUGCAGAUGGCCACCGGUGGCACAUUGAAGCCCAAUAAACAUACUAACGCCAUGAAGCCCCAGCCGUCCUUCCAUCACUCUCUACAUAACCUGGCUCAGCUGCCGCCCUCGUAUGAAGCUGCCAUGAAGCCUGAGAUCAACAGAUACUCGUCUCUCAAGCGUCUGGAAAAAGGAGGAUUGGAGGAAUAUUCCGGUUACUGUACCACCAAACGGAGGCCCAACAACGCCCCUCCCUCCUUUCAUUCCUCCCAGCAUCACCUUCCCUGGGGUGGCGACUACACGCUGGGGGGAAGAGGCACGCUUCCCAACCGUGGCAAUCGUCCUCGAAUACCUCAUCCACAGUCUGCUCCAAGCCACACCCCGAAUCCUUACCCUCUGGAUCCUCCAGAGUCGAAGCAAAACCAGAACUACGAUACGCUUUCCAAACCGCCACGCCGUGUCAAAUCCACGGACCAGCUCCUCGCCCUCGCUGACGGCAACACCUUGUCAAGGAUGUCGAAGAACCAACAGCACCAGUACUACAAAGCCAUGGCCACUUCAUCAAAGAACUCCAAUACGAACACCCUGAAGAAGUCCAAGGAUAGGCUGCUGAUGUCCCCAGACCACCUAGAGGAGGAGGUAGGCGGGGUAGAGUACGACGGAAGCAGGAUGGGCAUAGGAAUGGGUGACUACACAUCUGGAGGGGGAGGUGGAAUGGUGCCCACCCUGCCCCGCGUUAGCCACCAGAAAGCUCAAUCGCAGCAGAAUGUUUGCGCCACGCCGUCGCUCGACCGCCACCACAUGAUCAAGAUGAACUCGCACCCGACCUCAGGGCGAGAGCAGGAGCGCAAUUCGGCAGCGAUGUCAGGUCACCUGGGAGGAGGCGGGGUUGGAGGAGUGGGAUGGGGCGACAUGCCAGGAACCGGAGUUGUCAUGGGAACAGGGACUCUUGGUGGACACAGUGCCAGGAGGCUUGCAUUUGCAGCUAAAAGGCAAAAUACCAUUGAACAACUUCACUUCAUCCCCGGUGGAGGGGGAAGUGGAGGAGGAGUGGCAUCCAACCAAGGGGUUAGAACAGGAAGCAAGAAUGAGGUUACUGUGUGAGCAAGAGGCUGGAGAGGGUAAGGAGGGAAUGGAGAAGAUGGGUGAGGGAUAGACUGUGUGAAGAGCUGGAGCGAUGGUAGAGGGACUGUGGGAGAGAGAGAGUGGGCGGAAGAGGGAGAGAAAUAACGAGAGAAGAGAGAAAAGGAGUAGGAGGAUGGUAAAGGAAUAAGAGAAACAGAUUUUGAAGUAGGGGGCCAUGAAGUGGGAGAAACUCGACAAAGAGCGAAGUGGCACCAUAUUUUUACAGCUAUACAUUGUAUAUAGUGGCAAAUUCACAAGAUAAGAUUAGAUAACAGCUAUAAGCCAGGUUUGAUAGAGCUUCAAAGUUGUCGUGCUUUUUAUGUUCAUGAAAUUGCCGCUAUAUUUAUGAUCGAAGCUGCCAUAUACAACUAUUUAUUUGCGUACAGUUUGCCUAUAAACCUACCGCGUAGAAUAUCAGUAGAGUGUAAUAUAAAUUCCACGAUGUGACAGAUGAACUGAGACAUUUUUCAUAUCUUUAUGUCAUGUUUUUAUCCUCAGAUAUUUUACAUUGUUACACAUUACAGAUAUAGCUGCUAUGGAGCCAUAUAUUUCAGAGAACAGCUUUCAUCUUAUAACUAUGAUGGAACUACUGGGAGACUAAUAGCCUAUAAUAAUUAACGUCUGCAUAGGAGGAACCAGUUGAACAUGAGUUGAGCGCUUAUCCCAACUGAUGAGUUGUAAAGCUACUUACAGCUGGACAAAUGUAAUGCUGGAUCUUAUCUCUUUUUAAACCCUAAUUCACUUCAGCAUAAUGAGGAAGCACGGCAGGGUUUUCACAACGCAUGUCAAAAUGAAUGAAGAUGGAACAAUUUGAGGAGCAUAUCCAUAAACUCUUAAGAAUCUGAUGAACAUUUUUUUGAAUUCUGCGAGACAGAGAAAGCAAGCCUUACCAUACCUUACCAUUGUUUCACCUGCAUCUUAUUCAGUGUGAAUUUAACAUGGAUGUACCAAGUGAGUUUCUGUUCAAUUUGUUUUAUUUAUUUAUUUUUUUUGAAUCCUGAAAAUAGUACACAAGUUUUAAAUUCUCAAGUCUGCCCUUCAGUACAUAACUGGAGAUCGCUUUGAACUAUUGAUGAAAGCCAUUCUGGGACACAAUUGGGCAGAAAAGCCCUGACGAAAACCAAGAGAAAUGUCUGACAAUCAUCUUUUUUCUCCAUUUAAAAAGACUCAUUAAUGAUCAAUGGCACUUUGUUUGGAUUCUGAGCCACCACUUUCUACAAUGUCCAAGUGCUGGGAUUUGUAAGGGAGAUUCACCGUAAGGGACACUGGACUACCAAAAGCACAAGAAUAAUACAUUAGAUUCCUGUAACGCUGGGUACUUAACCGUUAAUGCUCCUCUUAGGUAUACUGUGUAGACAAACAGUUCACCUUAAGCUAUUAAAUAUGGAUCUGAGAUGAAGAAAACGACUCAAGAGUAAGGGCACUCAUCAAUGUAUGUAUAUGUUAUGAUAUUCUGGCAUAAAAUUAGUGUGUAACAUGGCAGUAUCAUUAUCUUGCUCAGGUGUGGGUUGACAUUUGCAUAAAGACGAACCUCCUGGACUGCUUUUUGAAUCUCCAUGUUGAAGCCAUGUGUAUAUGCUGUUAAAACUGAGACUCUGCGAACAGUCUGAGGAUACGGGCAUGCCAAAACAGCUAAACCUGUAUUUUGAAUCUGCUGUUACCAAGAUAUGAACACAAGUCAUACCUGAUAUCUUCAUAACCAAUAACGCUUAUCAAUAUUAAGGGCUAUAAAACACACAUGCGUUAGUGGUACUGAUGUUACCCACCGCUUACUCAUUAUUCAGUGGUAAUAAUCUCAUUAUUUACAAAAAGAUAUUAACGUAGUAAGGAAAUAUUACAAUGAAAAAUUUAAAUGUGAGAUUGUUCGCAAACAAGCCAGAUAUCAUUUAUUGUACGGUUCUGAUCUUUGAGAAAUAGCGCAGGAGUCAGGAACUCAUUUUACCAAUGAAAACUAAUGAAUUUACAUUGUAAAACCACCAAAUGGUCAUUUUUUUUUUUUUUUUGUCAUAGACUUUAUACCUCUUGGUUAAUUUUCAGUGUAAUGAAAUUGAACGUUAUAAGUUACGGACUAUUUGAAUAUAUAUAUGCCUCCCAGUAAAAGUGUUAAGGAGUAGUUUAUAUCACAUCAGCAUCAGGAGGAUUGGUGGUAACACAUUCAUUUAACUUUUCACUGGAACUAGUGUGUAUCUUAAAGAAUUAUGAAUACAACUUAAAGACAAUCUUCCUAACAGCUCUGUAAUACAUUGGUGUUUGUUAUUGUCAUUUAUAUGACAGUUAAUAUUAUGGUUAUUGGUGAAAUUUCUUCUUGUUGUUAUGGUUAUAUUAUGAUUAUGAUGGUGAUUUUUUUCCUCUGUGGUUUUAGUGUUAACUUGUUUUAGAUAUUUCUCAUGAAAUUCUUUUGAAAUUAUGAGUAGAAAAUAGAAGCACAAACUUUGCCACUCAUUGUUUGCCAAUUCUUCAUGCAUUCCUAAUGAUGAGGAGUGCCUUCGAAAAUCUCUCAGUGUGAUGUCACAUAGUAAUUGUUCUAAGCCUGCAAAUGCCAUUAAUUGUUGCAGAGACAUCACAAUGGGUUUAUAAAUGAUGUCAUAGGAUGUAUGUUGUAUGUAUGUAACCGAAUGUCUUCUUUUUGUUAUUAAGUGAAAUUUCAACUUUUUAAUGUUUCUUUCAGGGACAAUUAGAACAGAUGAAUCUAUUUAGUAUUUUCUUUGUCAUAAAAAGUCUGUAGCAAUGUCUGUUUUGUAUCCACAAGCCAUAAUUAUGAAAAUGUUUAUGGAAUUUAUUAACAAGGCAUAUUACUGCAGAAAAUAACGAACAUUGGAUGUGCAAAUAAAGCCCUGAAGCAUUUUAAAAGGUUGGUAGCCUACAAUGGGAUGUGCAUUGGUUGCACGCACGCAAGCAAAGCGGGACAAUGAAGACUGAAACCCAUGGGAAUAAUGAGCUUAUGUCUUGAAAUAUUUAAGCUCAGAAGCAGAAUGAAUGUUUGGGUAAAUCACUUUAAAUCAAGCAUUACCCCAGUGAUGUUUACAUAUAUUUUACUUUCAUAACAAAUGCCAUAUAUAUAUAUAUAUAUAGCAUCCUUCCAUACAGGUUAAAUUUCACCUUUGUAAAAUAAAGUAAACUGAUGAAACUGUUGCCUCGAAUGUCUGGUGACACACAUAGCAGGAGGAGAGACAGAAAAUUUAAGUUAUUCAUGUCGGCAUUUACUAUACAAUGUUUACAAUAUUAUCUUCCAUGAAGCAUCAGACUGGAAAUAAGACUAGCAAUUCCAAGGCAGCCAUUUUGAUAAGGACCAGCCUUUGAAUUUGAGCUGUCAGUAUGUAAUAAAAUGGCCACUAUAAGAGCUUCUAAGAUACAAACAUAAUGCUAAAGGAAUCCUACAAUAAAUGAAUCUAGUAUAUUACAUCAGAAUCAUAGUCGCCGAGUUGUAAUUCGGAUUUACCUCAGAAUUACCUAUUGAGAGCUCGCUAACAUGUUAAAAUUGCCCGCAUAACAACAACAACAACACUGAAAACACUUGGAAGCUAACCGCAUAUACAAUACAGCUAAAAAGCAAACGAACCCUAUCGUUAUUAGUAACUCUAUAAUAAAAACGCUAAUAUUCGCAGUACACUACUUUCACACGAACGCUGUCUCGACCACAAAUAAAAAAAAAAAAAAUAUAACGGACAGAUAACGGGGUAACGUUAGCCGGAAGUGUUCCGAGGUCCGGAAACGACCAAUGUUAAAAUCUCACACGUCACUCGUUCUUUCUAAAACACCAACAUAGACCGUCCAAAAUAUUUUAGCCGACAAAAAAAAAAAGCAAACGCAAAAUAAAAAAAUAAUCGGUCGUAAUACCGUUUGAUGCAUUUUCCACAGGAUAUAAGUACGAUAAGUGCAUCUGUUCUACAGUAUAAGAGACGCUCGGUCUCAUGCUAUCGCAGCACGGUUGCAGUGGAAACAGGGUCUGCUAACUAGCUGUAGCUAGAAGGCUAACCACUGGAAAACAGCGCAGAGCUGCUGGGGUACAUGAACGAGGGGGGCAGGGUGGGAGAGAGUAUAGCAGGCCCUGUUCAUCUUGACCAGGCUAAAAGAUGGAUGCGUAGUAAGAAGAGUGGCAAAAAGAACAUCACAGCCCCCAAGAAUGAUAUUAGAGGAUUUUGCUUCCAGCUAUGGAAAAAAGAAAAAUAUACUAAUUGAAACUUGGAAACGGAGAUGUAAGCCACUUUUGUCAGAGUGGAUUAAGAAUUAAUAGAUAUUGAAUGUAAUGAAACCAACCCAUGGGAUUUGGAGGGAUCCAUCCUACUGUGGGAUGGUCAUGAACUAAAAAAAUGUAAUCAAGGAAGUGGAAAUGUUUCAAUGAACUCAGACUACAUAAAGCACUUAUGGUGCACUUCCCAAAAUGUGAAAACAUAAUUGCAUCUCAUGCAGUUGUGGCAUUCUUUUACCAGUCCAUAUGUCUUUGCACUCUAAUGGAACAUUCAGACUGAAAUACUGAUAUCAAUGUUGAACUAUCCAAAAUAACUGUGAUUAUAUGGAAUCCAAUGUGAAACCAAAAGGGAGUCAAUUUUGGUCAUCUUAUAAGUGGCAAAUCCCAUUGAAAAACAGCUUUUUGCAGAGACUACAAAUCCAUGUUACAAUCAAUACAAAAUGUCCUCGUUGACUACUUGCCUGAAGAGUGAAUAUGUGGCUGCUCACUUUAAAUGAAACGAUACCAGUAGCAUAAGGAAAAUGUGAGGUAGCACUGUUUUUGAAAUUGCUUCUAGCUUUUUCUGACUUCAACUCAGUAGAAAAGCAUCAUAGAAAUAUUGUUGUUGCUCAAAGAGCAGAAGGUGUUGCCACUGCGCACCAUGUUUCAGUAACUGGGAGAUG